AUGACAGCCGUCAGACAGAGAAGGGUGGGAAAAGGCACAGAAGCGGCUGAAGAGCAGCCUUCAGAGGAGAAGAAUGUGAAGCCUGAUGGGAAAAUUCUGUCUGAUCAUACAGGUGGAAAGCUGUGGAACGUACUCUCAAUUACUGUCGGUGGAAUUGUUGCCAUCUCUCUUGGACUUCUUACUUCUGUUUACGUUGCCACACUGCAUGAAAAUGACCUGUGGUUUUCCAAUAUUAAGGAAGUGGAAAGAGAAAUCUCAUUCAGAACAGAAUGUGGACUUUAUUAUUCCUACUACAAACAGAUGAUUCAGGCUGCUUCCAUCCAGCAAGGUUUACAUGAUUUAGUAUAUGACAAUAAAACUGAAUCUGUGAGGACAAUUAACAUACUUGAAAGAAUGAAUGUUUACCAGGAGGUGUUUCUCAGCAUUCUGUAUAGGAUUCUUCCAAUUCAGCAAUACCUAGAGCCCGUUUAUUUUUAUAUCUACACUUUGUUUGGACUUCAGGCAGUAUAUGUCAUUGCUCUGUAUGUAACAAGCUGGCUUCUUAGUGGAACAUGGCUUUCAGGGUUGUUGGCAGCUUGCUGGUAUAUUACAAACAGAAUAGAUACUACAAGAGUAGAAUUCACCAUUCCUUUAAGAGAGAACUGGGCACUCCCAUUCUUUGCUGUUCAAAUAGCAGCCAUCACAUACCUACUCAGAACUCAUUUACAGCCUGUUCAAGAAAGAUUGACACUUAUGGCUGUAUUCAUAGCAACAUUUCUCUUUAGCCUGACGUGGCAAUUCAAUCAGUUUAUGAUGCUGAUACAAGCAUUGGCAUUAUUCAUACUGGACUGCUUUGACAUUCUUCCCACAGCAAAGGUUACAUGGCUCUAUGUCAUUCAGAUUUCUGGAUUACUGCUAGUCUGUGUCCUACAGUUCUUUAAUUCCAUGAUUCUUGGAUCAUUACUUAUAAGUUUUAAUGUUUCUGUGUUGAUAGCAAGAACAAUCCAGAAAAACCUAAAAAAGGGUGGGUUGCUUAAUAGGCUUGGGAAACUUAUCCUCCAUGUACUAUUAGUCUUGUGCUUGACUCUCCUGAUAAAUAAAUUCAUCAAGAAAGUUCUUAAUCUUGAGUCAGAUGAACAUAUAUUCAAAUUCCUGAAAGCAAAAUUUGGAUUUGGGUCAACAAGAGAUUUUGAUGCUAACCUCUAUCUUUGCGAAGAAGCUUUUGGGUUGCUACCGUUAAACACUUUUUCAAGACUCUCGGAUACGUUACUUUUUUACGUCUACGUAUUUGUUCUCUUCCUUAUGACAGUAGCAGCUGUAAUUGUUGCUUUUCGGAACCUCAGAGGUUCAAAUCAAGUACAGUUCAUGGAAAAAGUAGAAGAAUGCACAGUAACACUGAAGCCUGAUGCUGCUUACAACUUAAUUCACACCGUUCUUUUUGGUUGUCUAGCAUUAAGCACAAUGAGGAUGAAGUACCUCUGGACAUCCCACAUGUGUGUGUUUGCAUCUUUUGGCCUGUGCAGUACAGAAGUAUGGAAACUUAUCCUGAAGGGUGUUCGUCUCUACACAUCACGGAGGAUGCAUCUGAUUAAGUAUUCUCUACCAGUAAUUACAUUCCUCUACAUUUCAUAUAAGUUCUGGCCAGGAAUAAUGGAUGAACUGUCAGAGCUGAGAGAAUUCUAUGACCCAGACACUGUGGAGCUGAUGAACUGGAUUAAGUCAAACACUCCAAACACAGCAGUGUUUGCUGGGAGCAUGCAGCUAUUGGCAGGGGUCAAACUGUGCACCGGACGGACCUUGACUAAUCAUCCCCAUUACGAGGACAAGGAUCUGAGAGAGAGAACGAAACAGAUUUAUCAGAUCUAUGCCAAGCGAUCUCCGGAAGAUGUUUACAGAAUACUGCGAUCCUUCGGCACAGACUACGUGAUCCUAGAAGACAGCAUUUGUUAUGAAAGGCGACACAGUAGAGGCUGUCGGUUACGCGACCUCCUUGAUAGAGCUAAUGGCCACAUCAUGGAUGGUUUGGGAGAGAAUGAGCCUGAUUUGAAACCCUCAUCGUACCCUCGCUUCUGUGAGGAAAUUAAAAAAAACCUGCCUGGUUACACCGCCCGCUUCACGAGAGUGUUUCAGAACAAAACGUUCCAUGUUUACAGACUUGCCCAGCAUAAAUAG